AUGGACCAGCCAUUUGUUGCCGCAUGGACUGGAAUUGACUGUUCUAUAACUAAUCACUGCAGCACACAUCCUUGUAAGAACAAGGGAAGAUGUAUCAAUAGCGCAAGAGGACAUACGUGUAAUUGCACCACUGGAUGGACUGGUAUAAAUUGUGAAAAACGUAAUUAUUGCUCACAGUCUCUAUGUAACAAUGGUCACUGCACAAAUGGACAGACCUCAUUUUCUUGUUCAUGCAGCAACGGCUGGACGGGAAAACCUUGUCAACAUUCCAAGUCUUGUACAAAUACAGGUAACUCUUAUUCGUGUCAAUGUGAUAGUAGAUAUACAGGAAAGAAUUGUGAAAAAAGCAAUUAUUGUUCUAGUUCUCCAUGCCGAAAUAGGGGCACAUGUUCAAACAAAGAAUCUACGUACACAUGCACGUAUCACUGUACAUCACAUCCAUGUCUGAAUAAUGCACAAUGUACAAAUAAAGGAAACGGAUUUUAUUGCACUUGCUUACCGAAAUAUAUCGGACAAAGAUGUGAACAACAAGAUUUCUGUUCAAGUUCCCCGUGUUUAAAUGGAGGUAAUUGUACUAACAACAAAUCUUCAUACUCAUGCCACUGUUCAAAUGGAUUCAUAGGUAAGAAAUGUGAACAAAAAAACCAAUGUGUAUCAAAUCCAUGUAGAAAUGGGGGUCAGUGUCAGAACAGCGUACAUAACUUUCAAUGUAGAUGUACACAGGGAUGGUCUGGACCGACUUGUCUCUUGGAAACAGGAUGCCAUAAUAAUACAUGCCAUAGUCAUGGAAGAUGUACAAUGAGAAGUAAUAACCCUGUUUGUAGAUGUUAUACCGGAUGGCAUGGGGAUAAAUGUGAAACAGAAGAUCAUUGUUCCAGUCAUCCAUGUCAACAUAAUAGUAAUUGUACAAAUAAUGUAAAUACUUUCUCGUGUCAUUGCACUCACGGAUGGAUAGGAAACACAUGUACUGAUACUGAUCAUUGUGCCGGUAGUCCAUGUAAAAAUACGGGAAAAUGUAGUAAUUUAGCAAAUGGUUUCAGAUGUCAAUGUGUUAAUGGUUGGGGUGGAGCAACAUGUCAAACAGAAACAAAAUGUCAUACAAAUACUUGUCAGUUUUCAGCUUCAAAUCCGUCUGUGACAAAUGAACCGCUACUGACUACAUCAUCUUCAACACAACCAGUAGGAAGUACAACAACACAACAACAUUCCACUACAGGUACAUCAAUCACAGGUCAAACAGCAACAAUUAAGACAAGUAAGGAUCGUGUAAAAGAAUCCACCACAAAUAUACACACUACAAGUGCAAGGCCGGAAACUAAUCUGUUUACUGUAAGUAGUGGUCGUGUUAAAGAAUCCACCACAAAACUACAUUCUACAAGUCAACCAGCAACAAGUGCAAGGCCGGUAACUAACCUGUCUCCUGCAAGUAGUGGUCGAGUAAAAGAAGCCACCACACAUCUACAUUCUACAAGUCAACCAACAACAAGUGCAAGGCCGGUAACUAACCUGUCUACUGCAAGUAGUGGUCGAGUAAAAGAAUCCACAACAAAUAUAAAGACUACAAGUCAAUCAACAACUGGUACCACACAUUCGUCAACAAUGUCUUCUACGAUUCCAACGAUAUCUAUCAAUACUCGGCAAACGACUUCAAACAAAGUUCUUACAGACAAUCAAACCGCGAUAAUGACAACUUCAAGGAAACCGAGAUUGACACCGUCUACGCCUAACCCGGAUGCAACAAAAAAAGUUGAGGAUGAUAAUCUGUAG